AUGAAUAUCUUAAAUCAAAAAUAAGCAUAAGAAACAUAAGAAACAACAUGCAAAAUUCAUAAUCUAGAAUUGAUAGCAGUUGAUUUGGAUUUAUCAGAUAAGGCACAGAUAAAAUUCUUUUGUGGUAAAUGCUUAGUUGAGAAAUUAAAUAACAAUAAGGUUACCACUAUAGAGUAAUCAAAAGAGAGAAUCUAAAAAGUUAAAAUUUAAUAAAAAGAAGUUAAAACAAAAGAAAAUUAAGCAAGACUAACCUAUUACAAAAAUAUAUUAGAUCAAAUUAUGGAUUUCAAAAGAUUUGUAGAUGAUUCAUUGGAUAAGAUUUAUAGAUAAAUUUAAUAAUACAUAUUUCCAAUUUAAAAAGAUAAAUAAGAAUUAAUAGAAUAUGAAUAAUAAUUAAAUUACUUUGAAGAUUUAAAAUAAUUAUCAGAAUUAUAUUCUUAAGAUGAUUAAAAAUCAAUUAAAUUAUAAGAAGAUAAAAAUUUUAUUGAUGAAAUUUCAAGAUAAUUCGAAUUAUUGUUCAAUUGUUAUGAGUAUUUUUAGACUUUAGAUACUUUUAAGAAUACAAAAGAAACUAUAAAAGAUAUUAUGUAAAAUAAUGUUAUCGAGUUAUUUCCUUUUGUGAAUACUAAAAAAAAUGAUCCAGUAUUUUUAAUAUAUUAUUAAUAGAAAACACCAAGUUUAAAUAGAAUUUGUAUUAAUCAUAAGAAGAAAAUUAUUAUGAUUGAUAUGGAUUCAUAGAAUAAGAAAAUAGAAGAUAGAUUUGUAUGUGUUGAUUGUAUUUCAUAGAAUCCAUCAAUUAAAUAUUAAACUAUUGAAGAUAUAGAUAAGGAAUGGAAGGAAUAUAACACAGAGACUGAUAAGAUACUAAAGUAAAACAAAAAAGAAAGUAGAGAUAAAAAAUCUGAAUUAAUCAAUUAAAUAGCAUAAAUGAGAAAGAAUUAUAAUAAAAAAUAGAAUGAAAUUAGUGAUAAACUAAUUACAGAGUCAUUCUUAUGUAUUGAUAAAGUGAAUUAAUUAAAUUAAAUAAAGAAAAUGUCAAUAUAAGCAUUAAGUGAUGAAUAAUUAUUAAAGGAUUUAAAGCAAUUGAUUGAAAAGGAAAAAGAAAAAGUACCAUAAAGUUAAAUAAUAACAACUUUAAAAAAUAAAGACUCUAUUUUCAAAAAGGAAAUUGAAUCUCAAUUAGAAUCUUUGUAAUAAUAUGAUUAGUAAAAUAUUUAAUAAUCAUUGGAAAUUCUCAAAGAUAUUACAAGUAUCAAUUUAUUUAAUAGUUUAUAGUGGAAAAAAUUUAAUUUGUUAAUUAACUGAUAUUAUCUAAGAAAUCUAAAAAUGUGCAUAAAAGGAUGAAAGCUAUAAAAAUCAAAUUAAUUUAUCAAAGAAAUUUAAGAAUUAAUUGAUCAAGCUAAAAAACAUCAGUGUCAACUACAUCUAUUUGAUUAGGUUAUUAGUGUUUAUUAAUAGCAUGUUUAAAAGAUUGAAUACAUUUAAGAAAAUAUAUAGAUUAAAUCCAAAGAUUAAGCAGUUAAAUCAGAAUAAUUAAAGUCUUAAUAUUCAAAAAUAUCUAAUAUUUUGAAUGAAUAUAAGAAGAUAUUCGAUAAUAAUAGUGCAGAGUUGAUAAAGUUUUGUAACAUUUAAUAAAUGGAGUUGGAAAUAUUAAAAUUAACAGAAACGAAUAAAAGUUUAGAAAUUGAAAGUAAUGCUUAUAUAAUUAUAAAUAGAAAAUAAUUUAAUCAAUUCAAUAGUUUCAUUAAAAUAGAAGCUCAAUGAGUUAAAUACAAAGUUAGAAAAAAAGGAAAAAGAAUUUUAAGAUUUGAAAGAAUAAUAUAAAUAAGCACUUUAAGAUAAUAUCAAUCUGAAAAAUUAAAAUGAAUAAGAUAAGACUACAAUGAUAAAGAAAUUUGAAGAUGAGUGUAAUUGAUUUCGAUAUUAUUCCAUAGAAAAAAAAGUAAAAUAGGAAUUUGAUGAAAAUUUAACUUCAUAAAAAUCAUAAUUAUAACAAGCAUUAAUCAAACUUGAUUAAAUUGAUAAAGUUAAGUUAGAAUAAGAAAAAUUAAAUAAACUAGAAUUAGAAAAAGUAUAUUUUUAAUGUUUAUUAUAUUAUUUUUAGAUUCAAUAAUAUAACAAAUCAUUAUCAUUUUCAAAUACUUAUAAGCAUAAUAAUUGUUAAGUAGUGAAGGAGGAAAAGUUGUGGCAGAAGUUACUAAUAAUGGUAGUUAUUGGUAUUACUGUCUUUGUGAAUAAGCAAUUCCAAAGACUGGCAAAAUAUAGUUUGCAUUUUAAAUGAUAAGUGGAUCCUAUUUUCAUGUUGGAAUAGGAUUUAGAGACAUUAUGUAGAAAAAUAAUUAUUAGAAUUGUUGUAAUGCUGGGUAUGGGUAUAUAAUUAAAUUAUAAUAGAACAUAUUUAAUACAAUACAACGGUUAUACAUAUUCUCAUCAUAACAAAGAUGUACAUAAUAAAUAGUUAUCCUUAUCAUUUACAACUAAUGAUAUAAUAAUAAUUGAAGUAUGUAUUGAACAUAAAUACAUUAAAUGGAUUAGAUAGAAUAAUGCAUAAGCAACAAUUGUUGUAAAUAUAAAAUCGAUUAUUAGUAGUU